UAGUGAUGGUCGUAGGGACCCAGGCUCUGCAUUCGAGGUUCCAGAGGGAUUGUAAUCAUCACAAGUGCUCUUGCAACAGGGAGCAGGACCCUUUGGAGGAGCUACUGAGGUGGGACAGUGUGCCCUCGCUUCCCUUUGAAGACUCCCACAACUUGCAUCUCCCAAAUGUCAAGGUCCCUGCAUCCUCCCAAUGCCAUGCCAGCAGGAACGGGCCCCUCAAUUCGAGGGCCAUCUCUCCCUGGAGCUAUGUGUUGGACCGGGACGAGAACCGGCUUCCCCAGGACCUGUAUCACGCCUACUGCCUGUGCAGGCACUGCAUGGAUCUGAAAACAGGCCGCAAGGGCUUCCAAGGCAACUCGGUGCGGCUCUGGCGCAACCAGACCGUCUUUUACCGGCGCCCGUGUCACCCUCCGGGCCAGCAGCCGGACGGGGGCUGCUACUACCUGGAGAAGAUGGCCUACCCCGUCUCCUUCGCCUGCGUCUGCGUCCUGCCUCGGCUCUCGGACUAGGCCGCAGGCAGGGGUCUGGGGGGCGCUGCGGGAGCCCCGUUUCUGGGCGUCGGGUUCUCCCCUGGGAACCUGGAGCGCAGGCGAAGAUAAUUUGGUUAUUGGCGCGGCCGUCUUGCUCCAGGGCCAGGAGCCCGGGCCUUCUGUUCCUUCCCUUUGCCAAACUCACCUACUCAUGGGAGCAGGUAACAGGGGAAACCCGGCUGGGCUGCUGGGCACGUGCCAUGGAAAGAGGGUGGGGCUCUCGGGCGGUCCGCGCUUUUCCUGGGUGGGCCGCUGCAGAUGCUCCCUGCGCCCGGGUCCUGGAAGCCCCGCCUGACACCCUGGACACAGCCACCUGUGCAGGGGGAGCCUGCGGGAAACCAGUUCUGCCCAUUUCAAUCUCUGUUCCCCCCCACAACUCCCCCCCCCCAACCCCAAGGUAUCCUGGUCUCUUCUCCAAAGCAAUAAGCAUCCAUUAAGUGCCUGACUAUGCACCUAGCACUUUGAGAGCUGACUAGUUAAGCUAUAGAAUAAUGAAUCUGGUCAUU